CGUUUCAUCAGUAACCAGGAUCUGUCUAGAAGUGUAUAUUUUCAUUGCUGACAACUCAAAAUCUCGUUCCUUCUCAAACGUCGUUUCUUCAUACAGUCCGUAAAAUGUUCUAUUUUUUGGUGUACUCGCAUUCGUAUUAAUAACUGAACGCUCAAUUACUUGUCACGAUGUGUUUCCGAAGUCAUUUUUGCACCGCGUGCCUCUGGUUUACACUCUACUUCGUAAGUCAGAAGUACACACGUGGACGCAGACGACACCCCCACCGAAAAAGAAUAAAACCACGAUUUUUUUCAAUAGCACGGGCUUCAGAAGAGCCGUAACCUCACCGUCAUUCGUAGACAAGACGCUCUUCAUCAAGCACUUCAUUGAAUCGGGCGAGAGUGUCGUGAUAUCCGCCCCGCGCGGUUGCGGCAAAUCCACCAACCUGGACAUGCUCCGGAUCUACCUCGAGAUCCCGGACCCACUCGACGACCGCAACGCCACCUCGCGGCUGUUCCAGGACAAACUCAUCGCUAGCUCGCCGUUCCCCGAUCACUUUCUGGCGCACCCGGUGGUUUUCAUGGAUUUCGGACGGCUCAACACUUCUUCGCUCUUUGCCUUCGAGGACUCCUUGUGGGAUGUUAUCUUGGACGAGGUGGACCGCUUCAAACGCUACAGGGAGUUCUACAAGCCUGUUUUGAAAUGUGAGGGAGGCCGGAGAAAUUACUCCCGCACGGUUGAAGGUCGGUUCGCCAAGCUUGUUCACAACCUCCAGGUGUUGUAUCGGAAGCCGAUUUACUUUUUUGUCGAGCAUUUUGACUCCCCGAUCGCGUCUGCACUCAGCAACCCCGAGCUUGAGGAGGAAGAGGUUCGGAAGAUAGCAGCGCUGAUCAAUAGGUUAGUUGGAGUGGCUCAUGACUCGCAGAGCGAAUUCCCCGUCCAUUCUUUGUUCAUGGCCUCCGUUUCCGUGGACAAGAUCUACGAUCUUAGCUCUGCGCAUCCUACCUUGAGGUUCAGGCGGACCAUGGACGAUCCAGAGCUUGCCAAGUUUUUCGGCUUCACAGAGAAUGAAGCGUUGUGUCUGGCGAAAAAAUUCAACCGCAGCGUUGACGAGAUGCGCCUCUGGUACGGCGGCCGCCACGCAAGGAGCGCUGCCGAUACCAUUUACUGUCCGUACUCUACUGGCCGAUUUAUCAGAUUAGGUGAGCCUAAGGGGUACUGGGGAACACACUAUCUCAACUGGAAAAACGAAAGCUUUCCCUCGGAAAUGGCAAUGCUAGGCACACUCGGGCACCGAUUAGAGGACUCUCUGUACACCAAAAUUCAAAUCCAACCAUGUAACAUCACACUGGACGAUAUCUUCGCAUUGCGCAUUAACCUUCUGGAUGUGUUCAGCGAAAAUCCACACAUUCUUGAAACGAAACUAUGCCACAUAGCGUUGCAAUUGCUGAGCGAAUACGGCGUUUAUACCACUUCAUCAUCCAACGAAAUCAGGGUGCCAAAUCAUGAGGUGGAAUCGGAGCUGAAGCGUCUCAUCUACUCGUCCGCGUACUUACAAGAGAGGUUCCGUACGAAACCGGAAGAUGUCUCUGCCUACGUCCAAUCUUUAAGUCAAACGACGAAAAAUGACACUAAACUUUUCGAAGACAGUUUAAAAAGCAUACAUCGACUUCUAUCCCAUAGCAACGUAAAAAGCAAGAGGGACAUGUUGACCGUUUUGUACUAUUCCACGAUGGCUAGAACUUAUCGUGACUACGCUAUGUUUUUGCGUCAGUAUUCAGAGGUUCCGUUAUUCGAGUCGGGAGAGAGCAAAUAUUCCUUGCUCGAUAUGAUGUUUUUUUCGUGGGAUAGAACAGGGAUUAUUUUUGAGCUGAGGUUUGAGCAAGAGUCGGCACAUGAUGCUCUUGCGCAAAUCCUGCAAAGACAAUACGGUAGGGUUUUUGAAGAAAAACGUUUUAAGCAUUUUAUCAUUAAGCAAAAACUCUACGUCGGAGUACAUUAUAGUUCCAAGUCCAAUUUGACUACCUUGAGCUAUUUAUAUAAUUCAGAUAAAAUUGAAGAUGCUGUUAGCGUUUCUUUGCCUAUCACGGUAGGAGAGAUAAAAAAGCGGUUCGAUAACAUUUUAAAGUCACCGAAGCCAGCACGAGUUUUCAAUUUUUCAAUCACCAACAAAUGAAAAAAUGAACUAAUUUUCCAAAAUUGACCAGGAAUUAAAAUUCUUCGUUUCACUUUGUAAGUUAUUAAACAGAGUAAUUUUGAAAUAGAUCUCUACUAAUGACUGUAAAUUUGUCACUGAAAAGUCAAGAGUGACGAAUGAAAACAUUUUAUGAAUUUCACGUAUUUUAAGGUACUAGGAGCGUAUUCUAGAGUAUUAGAGACGUAUUAUUGGUAACUUAUGGGAAGUAUUUUUUAAGAGUUACCCCGAUAAUUUACAAAUUCAUUGACGAUUCUCUUAUAUACUACAAUUAUUAUUUUAGUGAAACUCAAAGUUCUUCAUGAACUGACCUUUCGUAUUUUGACAUCAAUAAUACAUGCAAAGCAUCUGACUUUUUGUAAAUCAUAUCAAUGACUAAGUACGAAACCACUUAUCUCCAAUGAGGCGUGCGUUUCAAAGUCUUCGCCUUUAUUUUAUUUUAUCAAAGAGAUUCAAGCCAACUUGAUAGCUUAAAUUUUUUAUACAGACUAUUCCUUCAACAGAGAAAAAAAAUCAAGAAAGUUUCUAAGAAAUUACAUUAAUUAGUUUCCCAAAGAAAAAAUACGGAUGUCUAUAACUUCGCAAACGGAGAUACGCGGAUUCACACUUUAGCCAUCAAAUCCGAAGCUUAUCAAGUUCUGAUACAACACAAGAGGAAACCUCUUUCUUUUGGCUACGAUGAAAACUUUGCAAACGGAGAUACGUGGUUUCGCACCUUAGCUAUCAAAUCCGAAGUUUACCAAUUUCUGAUACAACACAAGAGGAAACCUCUUUCUUUUGGCUACGAUGAAAGCUCCAUGCUUUCAGUGAGGGGUUGAAAGGGUAAUGCGAGCUGCGCGGCCAAAAAGGUCAUCGUGGCGAGAAAGGCGCCGACCCCCUACUCUCAAUGCCGUCGUACCCCAUACUGUCGUUAUGCUUCCUCAUUUUUUAUCGGAACGAUGUCGCGACAGCGACUUGAGACAUGGCGCCAGCCGCGCCGAGUGCUGCGCUCAGAGCGCAAGAAAGCCGGAGCGCCUUCAAUUUUGACGUAUGCAAUAUGGACAUCCGUAGAGCUGGAAUAGUUGUAUUAAGGCGCCUGAGCCGAAGACCGAAGUUCUAACAAGAAGCGUCCUCCUUUAUUAUCUUCAUCCGGGACCGUCCACGGUAGUUACGCUUCAGCUAAGGAGGAAAAUUAUUCUGGAGUGUGAUUUUUGUAAAGUUGAGUUUAAAAUCAAGAUUUGAUUUUUCAACGGAAGAAAUCAUUGACAGUUCCCCCCAACAAAAAUAAGUUGCGUGUAAUUUGGUCAAUUCUUUUUGGCUAAAAAAGAGCGGAAAGUUGUAAGAUAAUUCAACGAUUUUAAGCACCAAACGUGAAAUAUCAGGACAUCUAUAAGGUUCCUCUCGACACUGCACUAUUUCAGCUACAAAAUCAAAACCUCCAUUACUCUAUUUUGGUUCGCAUUUUUUCAUGCGUUUUUUGUGCCAAAAUUUACGUUAAACAAUUCUCCAGGCACUUGUUUAAAUGUCUGAAUAUUCAGAAGUAUCGGAAAAUGUAACAUGUUUUCUCUGCAAAAUCUUACAUAGAAAACGAUUCACACGACGGUAAGUUUUGAAAUCAAUUCCUGAACGAGACAUUGGCAAGUAUUUUAAACACAGAUCAAAUGGAAGUUAGAUCAUACGAAUGACGCCAUUUAUAUUUUUGCUAUUUAACCAAUGUUAAAAAAAAAAAAAAAAAAAAAAAAAAAAAAAACUUAUAUUCUGUUAAGGAGUUGAUUUACAGACUUCCCGUUGUGUGAUUUGUUUAUCUUGUGGAAUUUUGAAGAGAAAACACGUGACGUUGUGUUAUAAUUCAUAUUUUGUCUAGAAACUCAUUUUGAGUGCUUUGGCACAGAGAUCGCCUUUCUUUCACGGAUGUCAAAUUUAAAAAGUAGAAUUAUUCAAACGUUACCUCAUUGUUUUCUGAACCUCUUUGAUAUACUUGUAGGAACUUCGGUGCGGUAGUUUUCGAAACAACCUAAAUAAUCUUUUGCAAAGGAGAAAAACUUUAGAUUUUAAGCAGAAACUCCUUAAAGACACUAUUUUUUAAUAAAAUUACAGCAUAGUAUAAUAAAGCUGAUCUUUUAAAACCUGA